AUGUCAGUUGACACGCAGGUCUUGGUGGUUGGCGCGGGCAUGAGCGGUCUGGGUUUGGCAGUACAAUUGAUUCGACAGUACAACUGCCGCGAUUUGGAGAUUGUGGAAAGAGAGAAAGAUGUGGGCGGAACAUGGCUUGUCAACACUUAUCCGGGCUGUGGCUGCGACGUUGCCUCCCAUUUCUACUCCUACUCGUUCGCGCUCAAUCCGGACUGGACUCGAAAGUUCUCCCUUCGCCCCGAGAUUCAAGCGUAUUUUCGCAAUGUGGCAGAACAUUACAACCUUAUCCCUCACAUCUCCUUCAACACGGCAGUCCAGACAGCGCGAUGGUGUGAGAAAGCUCAGCUCUGGGAGGUCACAAUCAUGGACCAUUCCACGCAGACGACAUCGAUUCGCCGCUGUCGGAUUCUAGUGUCCGGAGUGGGAUCCUUGAGUAUCCCCAAGAAGUGCGAAAUAAACGGCGCCGAAAGUUUCAAAGGUCCUCUUUUCCACUCCGCUCAAUGGGACCACACGCUCGACUGGAGUGGGAAGAAAGUGGUCGUGCUUGGGAAUGGCUGCAGCGCGACGCAAUUCGUUCCCGUGAUGGCAGAGACUGCGGGCAGCCUGACUCAAUUCGCCAGACAAGCACACUACCUGGCGGAACGGCCGAAUCCAAUCUACAGCAGUCCAUUCAAAGCACUAAUGCGUUACAUGCCUCUCGCCAUGCGGCUCUAUAGAUUCACACUUUACGCCGAAAUGGAAAAGGACUUUGCUGGAUUUGACAUCGAGGCUGGGCGAAGCAUUCGACAGCGUCUGAAAACAGAGAACGAGCAGUACGUUAAAGCCAUGGCCCCAAAGCGUUAUUGGGACGCUCUGAUUCCCAAGCAUGAGAUCGGGUGCAAACGAAAGGUUAUGGAUACUGAUUAUCUGGCUUGUCUUCAUCGCGAAAACGUCGAGCUAGUAUACGAUGAUCCCGUCGAGAGUAUCAAUGAGCAUGGUGUGGUCACGCAAAGUGGACGACAUGUGGAAGCAGAAGCGAUCAUUCUUGCUACUGGAUUCGAGGUCUAUCGUAUGCUAUACCCAAUGGAGAUUAUUGGAGAAAAUGGCGUGAGCCUCAAUGAGUACUGGAACAAGCAGCACGAUGGGGCUGCCCAGGCUUAUCUAGGCACAUCUGUUCCAGGAUUCAAAAAUUUCUUUGUGAUGGUAAGCCCGAACACGGUGACCGGACAUCUCAGUGUCAUAUACACCGUCGAAUGUCAGAUCAACUACGUAUUGAGACUGAUUGAACCAAUCUUAAGCUCGUCAAGAGCAUCAUCAGCAGUAACCUCCGUUGACGUCAAAUUGCCUGCUACGCUUCGAGACAGCAACUGGAUGCAGGAAAAGCUGAAGGCGCUGGUCUGGUCAUCCGGCUGCACAAGCUGGGCGCUGGACCCCAAGACCAACCUCAAUAUCGCAAUGUACCCUCAGUACCAGUUCAUGUUCUGGUUAAGAAGCAUCUUUAUCCCUGCCAGAGACUUUGAGUACCAGUAUAGGGAGGGCAAGGGCUUGCAGAAGAAGCAGCUAGCCAUCGGUGGUUGGAAGGCUGUCAGGAAUGCUUUGGGCACGAUUACUGUCUUUUCGGCUAUUGGCAUCGCAGCAGUGCGGAGGGCAGGAGGUCUUUCUGAAGCACGCGGUUGGAUCGCAAAGGUCUUCGCCGGGAUCUGGACGGAAAUGCGAGGGCCACUGCGACUUUGAGAGCGGACGUGCAGUGAUCACAAAUCCAUCAAAUAUUCCAGCAGCACCUAUCAAUACAACUCGGAAGACUAAAGAUAGGGCGACCAAACCAUGAUUGGUGAACACCUAGAUGGAUAAACAGCAGCUACAACAAUGGGUAUUAGUCUAAUCGGGAUUGGCUAUUUGAAGAACUGGUAUAUACAGAUAGAUAUUUUACAUAUCAUCACAGAAAUCUAGAGUCUGGAAAC